ACCCAGUGCAGACUGGUGGCUCAGUGGUGGCUGAGAUGGUGCCUCGUUCAGCAGAUGUGGGCUAUCUGGUGACCAAAGUGGUGGCUGUUGAUGUGGACUCUGGACAGAAUGCCUGGCUCUCAUAUAAACUCCAGAAAGCCACAGACAGAGCUCUGUUUGAAGUGGGAUUACAGAAUGGCGAAAUCAGAACUAUCCGUCAAGUCAAUGAUAAAGAUGCAGUCAAACAACGACUGACUGUUACAGUGGAGGACAACGGACAGCCCUCUCGUUCAGCCACAGUCAUUGUGAACGUGGCGGUGGCGGACAGCUUCCCUGAAGUGCUGUCAGAGUUCACUGACCUGAUCCACGACAAGGAGUACAAUGACAACCUGACUUUUUACUUGGUGUUGGCUCUGGCUGUGGUUUCCUUCCUGUUCAUCACCUGUGUGGUGGUGAUUAUCUCAGUGAAAAUCUACAGAUGGAGACAGUCCCGCAUCCUGUAUCAGUCCAACCUGCCUGUGAUUCCAUAUUAUCCUCCACGUUACUCAGACACUUUGGGAACAGGGACUCUCCAACAUGUGUACAACUACGAGGUGUGCAGGACGACUGACUCCAGAAAGAGUGACUGUAAGUUCGGCAGAGCUGGUAGUCAGAACGUGCUGAUCAUGGACCCCAGUUCAACAGGGACGAUGCAGCGGAUACAGAGUGAGAAGAGCAUCCUGGAUGAACCUGACUCUCCUAUAGAGGUUAGAAAUAUUGUACGUGAAUGAUUGUUUUGAUUUG